AAAGAAACCAGCGCAGCGGCGAUUCCUGUUUUGCCACACAACUCGAACCAAUCAUUGCCAUCCUCCGACAUCUUUCGCUAGAAUAUAUUUCGCGUUGAAUAUCCGAGCAACACUCCGACAAUUAUCGCUUCGAUCUGCAUGGCAAAACGCCCGGUCCUGGCCCCUGGGUGUCGUUUAACGACUCACCCUGAAGCGGGUGGCGACUCAGGCGCUUCCCCUCGGAAGCACUGUCCUGUCGUCCUGUGUGGCGGACAUACAAAUGAAUUAACUAAUUGAUCUGGCACCGUCUUGCCCGUAUAAAAGCAGCCAUUGCACAGCGAGGCUAGGUCAUCGCCACCCCCCUCUCUUCCUCUUCCUCUCCAGCACUGGGCCACAACCUCCAAGGAUCGAUCUCACCAUGGAAGCCAGAGAGAUUGAAGCAUCGCCUGAGGAGUACUCUGUACGAGUUGGCCUCAACUCUGUCGCUGGCGAUGGCAUUCGGGAUCAUUGCUCCAAGCUUCUUGUAGACAAGCACGAUCAACCCUUGCCCCAGACAAAACGUAGGAGAACAGGCGUGGCCCUAGCGAAGCCCUCGCAGGGUCUGAGUCGCAGGAGACAGGGUCGUUUGAACAAGCUGGUCAGCAUGCCCCUUGACAUCUUGUAUGAUAUCUUUAGCUUCCUGACGCCCGCCGAUCUACUUCGCCUCGCUCGGUUGACGAAGCCCCUGCGCACCGUCCUUAUGUCCCGCAAUAGCAUCUCAGUGUGGCGGUCUGCUCGUCUUCAGCAUGCG